AUGGGUGGAAAUUCCCCCUGCGCUUCAUGCAAGCUGCUUCGACGCAGAUGUGCCCAGGAUUGCGUUUUUGCUCCUUAUUUUCCAUCCGACAAUCCUCACAAAUUUGCCAUUGUUCACAAGGUUUUUGGUGCCAGCAAUAUCAACAAAAUGUUGCAGGAGCUCCCGUUGCACCAAAGAGCGGAUGCAGUGAGUAGUCUAGUAUAUGAGGCGAAUGCACGAGUAAGGGAUCCAGUUUACGGACAACCAACUGUGGUGGCGACGCUCUUUGCGGUACUGGAAGCUUCUGAUAAGGAAUCCGGAGUUUUGUAUAAAGCUGAGGAAUGCAAGUUCUGUGGUCAAUCUUCUCAAACAACAAAAGGUUUGUGA